UGGAUUAAUAAAUUAAAUGGAUAUUUAUCACAACGAUGAAAUUCUCAGCCUAUUGGAGCUGAGACUUGUUGAGUGGACUCAUAAAGGCAAAGAAUUAGAGAAACAGAAAGGUGGCAAAGCUAAGAAGGGAGCACAAGCUGUGAAGAAUCUUGAUAAAGAAGAGUUCAAAAACACUACACCCGAAGGAGAGAAGAAAGAUACGACUGUAGAGCUUCCAAAGAACUAUGAUCCAAGGUUUGUAGAGUGUGCUUGGUACUCUUGGUGGGAGAAGCAAGGACAUUUCCAUGCCAAUCCAGAGAACAUCUCUAGUGGGGCUAAGAAACCCUAUGUAAUGAUGAUUCCUCCUCCAAAUGUGACAGGUGCUUUGCAUUUAGGACACGCUCUCAUGCUUGUUAUUGAGGACUGUAUCACUAGAUGGAGGAAAAUGAGCGGAUAUGAGGUACUCUGGCUCCCAGGAAUGGACCAUGCUGGUAUCUCUACUCAAAGCGUAGUUGAGAGCAAGCUCUGGAAGGAGAGCCAAACCACCAGACAUGACCUCGGAAGAGAAAAAUUUGUAGAGCAAGUCUGGAACUGGAAGAAUGAGUAUGGCGGAAAAAUUGUAAACCAAUUCCAAAGGUACGGCUGUGCCCUCGAUUGGGACAGAUUUGCUUUUACUCUUGAUGAGCAAAGAUCAGAAGCUGUACAGGAAGCUUUCGUCAGGAUGCACGAGAAAGGUCUCAUCUACAGAGACACUAGACUUGUGAACUGGUGUUGCGCUCUCAAUACAGCUCUUUCUGAUAUUGAGGUAGACCAUAUUGAAUUGGAUAAGCCACAAAAACUGAAGGUGCCAGGUCAUGGAGAUAAGACCUACGAGUUUGGAUAUCUCAGCCACUUUUUAUAUCCAGUAAAAGGGACAGAUACUAAAAUUGAAGUAGCUACAACUCGUCUUGAGACUAUGCUCGGAGAUGUAGCAGUAGCUGUACACCCUGACGAUGAAAGGUACAAGGACCUGAUCGGCAAGGAGCUUGAGCAUCCAAUUAUUAAGGAGAGGAAGAUGGUCAUCAUUGCUGAUGGUGAGCUUGUUGAUAUGAACUUCGGAACUGGUGCUGUAAAAAUUACUCCAGCCCAUGACCACAAUGAUUACAAUUGUGGUCAAAGAUAUAAGCUUGAGCAAAUCAACAUCUUUAACGAAGACGGUACUGUCAAUGCUAACGGAGGAAAGUACGAGGGAAAGAAGAGGUUUGACGUCAGAGUAGAAAUUGAAGAAGAGCUUACUGCUCUUGGCCUUUUCAAGGGCAAGACACCAAACCCAAUGAGUAUUGGAAGAUGUGCCAAGACCGGUGAUAUAAUUGAGCCCCUGAUUAAGCCCCAAUGGUGGGUAAACUGCAAAGAUCUGGCCAAGAGAUCAGCAGAUGCUGUAAGAAAUGGAGAUUUGAAGCUUAUCCCUCAAUUCUACAAUGAUGAGUGGUUCAAAUGGCUUGACAAUAUUCAAGACUGGUGUAUUAGUAGGCAAUUAUGGUGGGGUCAUAGAAUCCCAGCAUACUUGGUACAAGUUGAAGGAGUUAUUGACAAACCUGAUACUUCUAAUGAUGCACACUGGGAGAUUGGCAGAAGUCAGGAAGAAGUUAUUGAGAGAGUAGCUAAGAAGUAUAAUGUAGAAAAAGAAAAAGUGACUCUUCAUCAAGAUCCAGACGUAUUGGAUACUUGGUACUCGUCAGGAUUAUUCCCAUUCGCCACUCUUGGAUGGCCAAAUGAAGACACUGCUGAUAUGAAGGCUUUCUUCCCAAACCAUAUUCUUGAGACAGGUCAUGAUAUCCUCUUCUUCUGGGUAGCUAGGAUGGUAAUGAUGAGUUUCUGCUUCCUCGAUAAGCUCCCUUUCAAAGAAGUAUAUCUUCAUCCAUUAGUAAAGGAUAAAUCUGGAAAGAAGAUGAGUAAAUCUCUCGGAAAUGUAAUUGACCCUCUUGAGGUGAUCGAUGGAUGUACUCUCCAGACUCUCCAAGAUAAGCUCCAGAAAUCUAACUUAGACAAGAAGGAGAUUCAGAAGGGACUUAAGGAGAAAAAGAAAGAAUUCCCUGACGGAAUUCCUCCAUGCGGUAGCGAUUCUCUGAGGUUUUCCCUUCUUACCCAUAUGACUCAGCCAAGAAGCAUCAAUUUAGAUGUGAAUAGGAUUAUUGGAUACAGGCUUUUUAGUUCAAAGAUUUGGAACUCAGUCAAGCUCUUCCUCAACUACAGCAAAGACGGAUUUGAGCUAAAGUCUAUUGCUGAUUGCAAGCUAUCUUUAGCUGAUAACUGGAUCCUCACUCAGUUAAACAAAAUAAUUACUUCAAGUAACGCUAGCAUGGAGAGUCAUAUCUAUGGAGCUUUUGCAAAUGAUCUGUAUGACUUCUUCCUGAAGAAGUUCUGUGAUGUAUACAUUGAAUCAAGCAAGGUAGCCCUCCAAGGCAAAGAUGAAGAUACAAGACAAGCUGCUUUGAAUACCUUGUUUACAGUGUUGGAUUAUUCAUUACGUUUGUUCCACCCAAUGAUGCCAUACAUUACUGAGGAGCUUUAUCAGAGAUUGCCUCAUGCUGAAGGCACGAAGAAGGACUCGAUUUAUCUGACCAGCUACCCUGAGAUUGUGGAGGAGUUCAAGGGUGACGAUGACUUAGCCACUAAAUUUGAUAGUUUGAUUGCCAUAAAUGCUGAGAUUAGGUCCAUGUUCGAUCAGAUUGGAAUCCAAAAGAAUCACAAACCUGAAGUAGUGAUUAAGCUUGAUACUAAUUCUGAUGCCUCGUUCUACGGAGGAGCAAGUGAACUGAUUCAGUCUCUCACCUUCUCAGGCUCCGUAAGCAUUGCUGCUGCAGAUUCUGCAGACCCAUCCGGAUCUAUUUCCAAGGCUGUUGAAGGUCUCACAAUCUUCGUAAAGAUUGUAGGAAUUAUUGAUAUUAAACAAGAAAUUGCUAGACUCAACAAGCUCAAAGGAAAGAACGAGAAGUUGAUCGAGGCCACCAACAAGAAGAUGAGCGGAAAGGCUGCAGCUAAGAUGCCUGAGAGUGUCAAAAAGGAGAACGCUAAGAAACUUGAGAAGCUACAGAAUGAAAUCGAAGCAUACAACCAAAGUAUCGUUUCUCUCAAGAAUUUGGAAUAAUUUA